AUUCAUACCACCUUCGUUACUUCUUCCUUCUUCCACAAAAAAAGCAUAGACCAGUGAUCCCCAGUCGUGAGGUCAACACAUAGAUAAAAUUACAACUAGCACAACCUCCGAAACCCACCCGAACCGGACUCUUUUUACGAUCAAAAAUGGCUACCACCCCUAACCCCAAGGCUUUCCCUCUUGCCAACGCCCAGUUGACCAACCAGAUCUUGGACUUGGUUCAGCAGGCUUCGCACUACCAGCAGCUCAAGAAGGGUGCUAACGAGGCUACCAAGACUCUCAACCGAGGAAUUUGCGAGUUCAUCAUCAUGACCGCCGAUACCGAACCCAUCGAGAUCCUCUUGCACCUCCCGCUCUUGUGCGAGGACAAGAACGUCCCUUACGUCUUCUUGCCGAGCAAGACCGCUCUCGGUCGAGCUUGUGGGGUUAGCAGGGCCGUCAUCGCUGCUAGCGUGACGACCAAUGAGGCUAGGGAGUUGAACUCUCAGAUCCAGGCUGUCAAGCAACAAAUCGAGAAGCUCUUGAUCUAAGCUUUCAUAUUUACAUUCAUUUUACGUUCCUACGAACACGUCUUCGUUGUAAUCGGAUAACGGGCAUGAAGAUGUCCAUUUUUUUUAUGCUAA